CUUUGCCUCUCCCCGCCUCAAAAUGGUCCACCCAAAGGACAAGGGGGAGUCAUUGACGGCAGAGGACUACCUCUGGCCACUCACCACCAUCCGGGACACGCUCCUGCGGCCCGAUGUCGAGCGCCAGAUCCCCCACGCCAAGGUCAGGCUCUUGCUCAAAUGGCACCUCGCGCGUCUCCAGAAGCCAUGGGAGCCCUUCAAGCCUGCCUCGAGCCAAGCGCGCACAGCGAUACAGGGCACGACGGUGCAGAUCCCGGGCACCGACAUCAAGAUGGACAUUAAUGCCGGUUCGCGCUCGAUCGCGCUCCGCAUCUCGGACGCUGUCAACAUUAAUGAAAUCACCUCGUUCCUUCUUUGGAAGUCGUACACGUCGUACUCGAUCGAGGAGCCCACACCAGCAAAGGGCAAGAGCGAGGAGGACGCCGUCGUCGACCGCCUCCUCCUCUGGUACGAGCAGGAGCUGCUCGCCGUGCCCCAGAUUGUCAUGGCGCUAUACGUCCCCGCAUCGCAGCACACUGGAUGGGAGGAGCUCGCGGCCGAGCUUCGCCCCGAUAUUCUUGGCGACCAGGCGUCGUUCAUCGAGUCGUUGUUUAGAGCAUUCGGCGGGCUCGCACAAAAGUCGAUUGCCAAGGACACGGGGUCUUCUCGAGCGUUGUAUCUGGCAACCCUCCAGCUUCGCCAGCAGGAGACCCUUCUUGACCUCCUCUUCCUCAUCCUCUACCAGUUCACCACCCGCCCUGCCGCUGUCUCUGAAGGCUUGAUCAAGGGCACAGUUCUGUCAGGUUUUGGAACCGCACAGGCGAAUGGCGAAAUCUGGCAGAAUGACGAGGAGUGCCAGCGCCUCCAGUACCGCAUUCGCGACUUGCUCGUGGUCAUCGCAGUCGAGGCAAUGUGUCUCGCCCAGAUCCUCUCUCCCGAGGCAAACGAAGAAGCCGACACUUUCGGCGCCACUCUGCUUCACUCCCGUGACAGACUACACGCCGUCCACUCAUUCAUCAUGGAGCAGACGGAGGACUUGGCACCGGGACACCCAGAAGCCGAGACCGUCUUCCCUCACUAUCCCACACCCAUCUUGUGCCUCGCAUGGGCAGUUGUGCUCCGUUCCCUCCCCCCUCACCUCCAGCCCCCUUCUGGAGAAGACUUCCAACUCGACACGACACACAUGAGUGGUGACGACCCAGUAGUCUACCUUGGCGCCGCCACCCGCGCGCUCCGUCUGUCAUCGGGCCUGUUCCCCUGGUUCGAGUCGAUUCUCCAGGGACCACUCUUUGAAGCCACAAAGGACGCGUUCAGCGGUGACCUGGCUGUCGACAUGGCGUCAUUGCGGAGGAGUCCCAUCAAGGACCUCCUGAUCGGCCUGUCUGAAUUAAUACAUAUUCAGAGCAUCGCCGAUCACCCAGGCCUCUAUUCCACAUGGGUACUGCUGUUCGGAGGCGGUGUGCAAGAGGCCUCAACGUCUCUGGCCAACAACUACUGGGCCGUUGACUACGUGUACGACGAGCGACGGGCCAUCCUGGACCACAGCCUCUGGCCCCGCGAGCCGACCUACCUCCCUCGCAUUCUUGCAGCUCUCACCGGUGUCAGCUCUGACGACGAGGUCAACCUUGCCCUUACUCAAGUCAGCCCAGUACCCGACGUCUUCGACUAUGUCAACGACCUCCCCUUCAUUACCAUCACAACGCCACACUCUGCCUUUACGAUCUCGGGUGAGGACGACAGUGGCCGCAUAAUAGUCGAGGCCACCGUCGACCUCGAACUCCCUGGAGGCGCUAUCAUUCCCCGUAGGGCGCGCGGAACUGUCCUCUCUGAAGAGGACGCCCACCCCGCAGUUGUGUCGUGGCGCUUCCGCCAAGCUGGGUGGUCUCUCCUCAUCGAGAUUCUUCGCGGAGCUGUCGGCCUGGCCGCUUCACCGCGGAUCAAUAACGAGGCUCGCAGGCUUGAGCUCGUCGAUCUCGGCAUCCAGAGUGACGAUCUCUCGCCAAUCCUCUCCUCGGGUCUCAAGCUUCUGCGUUCCGUCCUUCGGUCCUCUGAAGUUGCGUCCCUCCUCGUUCGUAACGGCAGCCCGGGUGACCGCUUCCCAGGACAGUCUCUGCUGGAGCUGGCGUUGGCCGUGCUCACCGACCGCUCUCGCCCUGAGCGCUCUCAGGUCGACUUUGUUGCGGCCAAGCACGCGAUCGACAUUCUCCAGUCGCUGCUCCUGACAGGCAACGAGGCAAUCUGGCAGGCCUUCCGCGCGUCUGGAUUCUUCGACUCGCACUCGCGCCGACAGGGCUCUGUUGCCUCGCUCAUUCAGAGCGACGGCCUGAGAGGCAAGCACGGAUUGACAGCUGCCCUCCUCCGCCUGGUUCGCUCCCUGGCUUCAGCAAACGCUGGUGACGCCCAGGUGGUGCGGUCCGCCGUCAAACUGGUGGUGACCGAGGUGUGGUCGCAAUUCUCGGGCUGGCGCUACCAGGACAUUUCCAAGCGAUACGAAAUUGCCUCGCUGCUUAUCGAAAUCUUUGACAUUGUUCUCAGACACCCCCUGGGUGCUGACGGCAAGUCUCCUUCCCCAGCAGCCGCCUACCUCUUCGACGUGUUUGUCAACAACACGUCGCCGCUAUCGUACCGCCCCAUCGUCGAUGUCUUUACACAGUCGUCGCAGCUCGCUACCCGGUUCGUCCAGGCUCGCCGGUGGUCGGAUGCCGAGAUUGUUUACGCCGCGUUUGACCACGCAACGUCCCUGCUGUCGACGCUUUUGCGCCUCGCUCCAACCCUCAAGGUGUCGGCCAAUGCCCUUCCCUUCAGCCUUUUCGCCUCCACCAUCGUCACGACCAGCGGUGACAAGAUUCAGCUCGUCGACCACCUGUUCGACCUCAUUUCCCAGCCCAGCUUGCAGCCUACCGGCCUCAAGCUGCUACUGAGGCUCCUCCGGGUAUACUUGGCAACUAGCAGCAGCGGCUCUCAGCGCCCCUCCCUUGCGGGCAUGCUUCGUAAUCCCAACACGCUCAACAAGAUUGCCACAAUUGCUGUCAACACUGGCCUCGACGAUGUCAAGCCUGACGCAUGGGCCCUACUUGGUACUAUCAUCGCCACCCAGCCCGGAUGCGCUGCCAUCUUGAUCCCAUCGCAAAAGGAUGGCAAGAUCGCCGGCCUACUCAAGCACGCCGUCGACGAGGUGCAGGAUUGGAAACUGCAGUUUGCUGAGGCUCCUAGUGGCCUGGUCGCCGUCCUCGGCUGCGUCCAAUCCGUCCUCGAAUCUGCCAGCGCAAGCAACGCUGUGUCGGCUCUUCGAUCUGAGGCUUCCUUCUGGCAGGCUGUGCACGACAUCGCCAUCAAGUUUGUCGCUCUGCCAUCAAGCUUCUCCGACAACAUUGCGGCGGACGUGCACAAGUAUUCUUACGCAGUUCAAGCCAAAGCCAACGCCACGUCGCUGCUUGCGGCCGAGCUGGCACUGACGCUCGACACGGAAGCUGAGGCGGAAACAAAGACCCAGGAGCUUGUCGUGUCCCUUCUUCGCAACACUGGAGCCCUCGAGGACACAGCCUUGGCCGCCGUCCACACGAGCUGCGACCCCGCAUUGCAUGCCAACGAGGCCGCCACCAUCAAAGCUAAUGGUGUCAACCUUGCGCCACUCCGCACUAUCAACCUCCCAGAGGAGCGUCAGUAUGGAAUUCAGUAUCUGUACGACGGCGUCCCUGUCAUUUUCAACGACUCGGAACGACAGGUCAGCCUCAACAGGUCGAUUGCAAUCCUCAACCUCAACUGGUCUCAGCUCGAUGCCGAUGUCAACUACACUAAGUCUUGGCGGCUGCUCCUGGAUAUUGCUUCCACCAUCACCAGCGGUGACGCCCUUGCUUCCAGAGCGGCAGUCAGGGCCGCCAAUGCCAUUGCGUCGGUUCUCGCGGACGAAGACCGAGGCGGUGAUAUCAUGCUCGCCAUUCAGACAGAACGCCUCAGCAUUCUCGCCACGCUCCUCGACAUUGCCUUGGAUCCCGAGACUGAGAUUUCCGAGCCCGCUGUCGUCAAGGAGCUCGCAAACUCGGUUCGCAGGAUUGUCGAGAGCACACUGUUCCCUCCCAUUAUCUCCCUCCGACACCCCGAGCUGCCUCCCAUCCAUCGCCCGGUCCUCCGUCUGCUGCUGCUCCUCUCCCAGGCGCAGGCGGGCAGUGCGGCGGACGAGGUGCGUGAGGUAUUGUUCGACUCUGGAGCCACUUUUGCUCUCGAUGCGGCAAAUGUUGUUCUCGACACAAUCCUCCUGCAACCCAACUUGGACGCUGAAAAGGACCUCAGUCUCAUAGUCGCGCUCCUUUGUGAGAUGAGCCGAGUCUCCACCUCGACGGCAGUGUGGCUAGACAAGCUCAUGCAGGUCAACCUCAUCCCGCGCAGCUUGGACGUGAUUGUCCGCACACGGCCUGUCGAGGACACACUGCCUCCACACUUCCACACCAUCCUGCUGCUACACCUCGCCAUUGCCAGCAAUGGCCCCACAGCUGAAAAGCUGGCAGUCUCUGGCGUUCUGCCGGCAUACGCCGACAACGUCGUCGCUGUCGCUGCUGAGGCCGGCCGAAUUGACGUGACCAACCCGAACGACAGUUUCCAUCGGGCGUGGUGCGAGCUUUUGCAGGUCGUCACUGCCCUUCUGUCCAGUCUACCGGAUGCCGCUUCGUUCGCCCGCUCCGAUGCCGUUCCAUUUGUCCGAGUCGUCUUGCCUCAACUUCUCCACGCCCUCCAGUACGCCGGAGCGGAGCAGCCUCUGUCCGCCCCGGCCCUGGAGGAGAUGGAGCUCGUCGCCGACGUCUUCUACGGUCUCGCCAACGCCGUCAAGCCUGGUCCUAACAGCUUGCUCCUGGACUUUGCACCAUCGGCCAUCGUUUUCCUACGGGGCGUCCAGCACGCCGCGUCGCACCCUCACAUAUUCAGCAGUUACAUCAUUCCUUCCAGUGAGGAAGAGCAAGCCGCUCUGGAAAAGGAACGGACAUCUGUUGGAGAUAACGUGGACAUCAGCCUGGCCGAUCACAAGGCCUGGCCGACCGUCGCAUCUCGCAUGGACGCUCUGCUGCGUGUCACGCGGACGAUUCUUGUCGCGCUCGUCCGCUUCACCCACUCGUGGGCAAGUCUCAGCGGUGACAGAGAGCCCCACACUCAGUUCCUCCUCCCUUACGACGACGAGCAUGCCCUCUCGCCAACGAGCGAUGAUCCCAUCGGUGUCCUCAACGAGCUGUAUCGCGAGAUCAACUCGCUGGUUAAACAUUCGCCAGAGCAUGACGGUGCCGACGGCCUUCAGGCCAUGGAGGCAGCAGCCAUGCUCUCCCUCACACAACUUUGCGAGAGGCGCAUUUUAUUCCCGGCCUACAACGCGCCGGCCGACGACUCGAUGGACAUUGACAUUGGCGGACUCGUCAAGCGUCGCGUCUCGUUCAGCACUCCGCAGAAUCGCUACCUCGAAGCGCGCAAGGUCCUUGAGGCCGACCUCCAGAGCAACUUGAGCACCACUUCGUCCAUGACCAAGCUCCUCGACGUCCUCCGCACUGUUGCGGAUCGCGAGUUCCCAGAGUAGACCGCCACCUGUAUACCAGCAUUUCCAUAACCCAUAGGGCCCCGCCGCCCCCCCGCACGCCGAAGCGUGAUUCAUCAAUGCAUAAUUGGAGCU